AUGACAACUGUUAUGUAUGAGAUAAAAAUAAGAUAUAAAAUAAACAACUACACUCCGACAAUAAAAAUCAUUGAUGAACCACAUUUUUCAUGCUGCUUUUUUUAUAACAUUCUUUACCUUUCUCUUCCUUACACCUUUACCUCAAACUUAACUACCAAUGUUGAAAAACGCGAGCUGUCAGAUUUUGAGUAUGAAGGUAUUGUUUGGCUCUCAAAAGCCAAUCAUACUCUAACUGACAUCGCAAACCGUAUGAACAUUCCUAGAACUAUAGUUUUCAAUACAAUAAAGCGCUGGGAGACUACUGAAACAGCCAAGACAAAGACCAGACCUGAGAGACCAAAGAAACUUAGUGUAACAAAUAUUACAAGUCUUUGUUUGAGUGUGAGAUGUAAUCCUUUUGAGAGUUAUAGAUACCACCAGGCAAAUUUGGGAGCUGCUGGCGUUAUUGUCUGUAGACAGACAGUUAUCCGAUAUCUAUGA